ACAUCAGAGGUGACUGCGACACCAAAGGAAACAACGGGCACAACAGUUAUUGCUGCAACCACUACAUCAGAAAAACUCACUCCAACAGUGAAGCCAACACCAACAGGAUCCACAACCAGUAUCAAACCGGAGCUCACGACAACAGUGAAGGAAACUACAGCUGGCUCCACACCAGGACUCACAGCAACAUCAAAACCAACUACAACCACAUCCACAACCCAAUCCACAUCAGAAGUUACUGUUACACCAAAAGAAACAACCACAACAGUUAUUACUGAAACAACUACAACGGAAGAGUUCACUACACCAGUGAAACCAACUCCAACAAGAUCAACAACCAGUUCCACACUGGAAGUUACUACCAGAGUGAAGGAAACUACAACUGGCUCCACACCAGAAGUGACAACUUCACCAAAAGAAACAACCACCACAGCAGUUACUGCUGAAUCCACGACAACGGGAGUCACCACAAUAGUGAAACCAACUACAACCAUGUCCACGACCCAUUCCACAUCAGAAGUGACAACUAUACCAAAGGAAACAACAAUUACAACAGUUAUUGCUGAAACCGCUACAACAGAAGAAACAACUACAGCAACAGUGAUAACUACUACAGUGGUUCCUUGCAAUGGAGUGUGGUCUGGGUGGAUUAAUAACAACACUCCAAAUGAUGAGCAAAAGGACGAUAAAGAACCAUUGGAUCCAAUUCGAGAUACUGUGUGUAAAUCUGAUACAAACCGGAUAACAAAUAUUCAGUGUGAAACCGUCACGUCUCCAGGACCUCCGAUCAGUAUAACCAAUGAUACAGUGACAUGUGAUUUAAACAGUGGAUUAAGCUGCACUAAACCAGCUGGUGAUGACCUUCCAUGUUUGGACUAUCAGAUUAGAGUGUGCUGUGAACCAUUUGAAACAACAACACUUCCAACCACGACUACCCCUGUCUCCAGCACUACUCCACCUGAAGAAUGUUACUGUAGUUCAGACCCACCAAGAAAG